CAGAAACAAGCUAAAUGAGACCGAGCCCCGGCAGAUGACGAUCGCUUGGCGGUAAUAACCAACUUAGCGCCAAGGGACGCGGCAAAGAACCUUGGUCCCGCGCCAAUCUCCGCAAAAAAAAAAAUUCAACUUUUAUCCCCGCUCAGAUUUUGGGAUUGAAAGCGCCAUAAAGCGCCUCUUAUGAAUCGCUAAGAAAUGUCUCGUUGACCGGUUUCUCUAAAUUCCGAGACUAUUCAAUUUCCAGCUUCAAUCCUUCCGCCGCCCGCCAUGGCAGCUCCUACUUGCCUCCGCGCCGCGACGCACCGCUUACUUACUACACCGGCGAAAGAGCUCCCGUCGAUUGCAAUCUACCUUGCGACAGCUUUCGCUGAUUGUGGAAGUAUAUUAUCGGCUCCUCAAACCCAGAAAAAAAAUCCAAGGGAGCCAGAUACUGCAUUGCUUGUACAGAAAUUAAAAGCCCGCAUCACGAGUCUGCUUCAAGAUCAUCGCGUUGAAGGACGCUGGACUGCGGUUAUCCUUGUGAAGGUAGUAAUAGAAGCAGGCCAGUGGGAGAUUCUUCGCGGUUCUGAGGCUUGGGUUCGGGCUCUGCUAAGUAUUCUAGCGAGAUCUGACCCACUGUCAACGAAAAAACUGUGCCUCAUUACCUUGACUCGCAUAUUCCGACUAACUUAUCCAUACCAAACAUUGGUGCGAGAAAUAACGACACCGUCGCUGCCCACUUUCAUUACAUCUUGCUUGAAUUUAGUUUCUGUGAAGCCAGUAGCCGGGCAAGCGAGGCAACUGAAACGGAUUACUCCAUUGCUUGAAACUGUGCUGCAUGUGUUUCUCGAAUUGCUUCCUCAUCAUCCUACCAUAUUUCGCCCGUUCUCUUCCCAAAUCCACGGCUUGAUUCUGCCCCUCGUGGGGUCGUUUGGCGUUCCUGGUUCAUUGUCAAAAUCUGGGGUACGCCUGGCGCAGCAGCUAUUUAUCGCGCUACAUCAAUGUGCUCCAAAGAAUACCAGUGGAGAAGAAUGGCUUAAGGCUUGCAGGGCUACAAUAUCGUCCAUACAUCAGACAAGCGAUCACCUAUUCCGAGCGGUUGUAGAACAGUGGGAGUCUGUUGAUAACUCCUUACGCCAAGCAUCUAGAUCAAAGAAUUACAAUCGCCCAGUUGGAGAUGAUAGCCCCGACGCGCUAGGGUUUCCAACCUGGCAGGGUAUAUAUGCUGGCACUGAGAAGUUAGAAAGUCUUCUAAAGCUGCUUACUGAAUUCGUUGCAAUGCCAACUAGCUCCACAAUCUCGAUGCCUUUAGGGUCCAUACUUGAUGUGUCCAAUCGCUUAGUUUCGGUGACUUCCCCUUUAUCAGAUGAUGACGCUUCACAGCGUGGGACAGAAUUAAAUCUCGAAGUUGGCCGGGAGGAACGGGAGUGCCUUUGGGCUGAGUUACCCAAACUUCACGUUGCGACCCUAGAUCUGCUGCGCGCUGUCGUCGAAAGAUUUGGUCUAGGGAGUAUCUCAAUUGCACAAAGCUGUCUUGAUCAAACUCUUUGGACGUUUGAAGCUGAAAGCGGCAAUGUCAACAUACGGAUUGGCGUUUACCAAAUAAUAAAGACUGUCAUGCCUAUCAUUGGGCCGUCCAUCACAAGACCUGGUGUAACAUCCUUGGCAUCAAUCAUCAGAUCCGCGUGCCAGGACCUCCUGCCUUCCUCAGAAAACAAGGCUGUUGGCGUUAAUCAGCACCUUAGUGCCAAGUCUGCCGCGAAGCCAAACCCGUCGACAAGCAAUGUAGACUCUUUCCUGAAUCUAAACCCAAAAGCCACCAUUGACGCGGAACAUUCUUUCCCUGGGUUAAAAGGUGCGGCUGAGGAUCUUCUUACAAGCCUCCUCACAGCCCUUCCGACGGAACACACACCACCGUAUCUCCGGACCGAAAUUGACCGAACGGCGAUCAUAACAAGGAGCAAAUCUAUCAUGAUGGCCAGCGUCCUCAACCCCGUCCCAGCAACGUCUAGUCGUUGCAAUACCCCGAGCAUUAUCCCAUUUCUUGCUCGAUGUUACCCAGAAACGCCUGGAGUUGAAUCACUUCUACGGCCAAGGAUGCCCGUCCUAAUAGGAGUCUCUCAAUCAAGCGAAUGGGAACUGGCGAAUGAAGAAGACGAAUCUAAACCGAAGUCAAUGGCCGCUUUCGUAUCGUCGUCAAAUGUGGUACCUGAGGAACUCACUCGGCCAAUAAACAAACGAGCUUUGGAUGAUAUUCAAAUGACUGAUGAGCAAGCACUUCCACCAGCGGCAUCUCAUAAUCUGAUGACUUCACAGACUAAAAGAAUACGUGUUGAAACGAUGCAAUCCUUCAAUUCCUCGGCGACGACUCUUACGGGACAAAUACCUGCUGUUCCCACAACAGAAAGGACCACGGACUUCGAUAAACCAGCACCAGCUAUUGAAUCAAUCCUUAGACAAAAUUCUCAAAUUGCAGCAACCAGUACAGAGAAAAUUGAGAGAAGGAGUUGCGGUGCAGAUGACGCGAGACAGGAGGCUUCCAUUUUACCUGUCAAGGAUACCAGUGCAAUUAAGAGUGGUGGUUCCGGGGAAGGUGAUGACGGAUCUGAUGAUGAGAUUCCCACGCUGAAUAUUGAACCAGACACCGAUGAAGGCGAGGAGGAAGACGAAUAAUUACCUACGUAUUUGAUCAAACUUGGAAAUCGCACAGCAUCUCUCGAUCGAACAACGUCAUUUUAUCUAAUUAUAAGUCAUGUAUUGUCUAAUCUAUAAAAAUCUUGAAAUAGGGUGGAAUUAGGGGCAACUGGAGAAAAAUAGCAUACUUGGGAUGGUUCUUCAACCCUAUCUGCGAGUUUCCCCCAGGAGACUUAAGUAGCCAAAAAAAUAUUUGAAAAGCAUGCUCGGGAUACCGAAAAAGAAUUCCUCCGCCUUUUCUAUCGAGAGGUCGAAAGCUUAAUUGAGGAAAAUUCAGUCACGCCACGGAAAGGGGCCACCUCUCCCCUUUCCAUUCAUAUCAUGAGAGUAUUUGAAACUGGCCAAUAUAAGUUGCGCAUGUCUGGAAAAUGUAUAUCCACAGCGAGCUUGUAGGUCUAUUGACACAUUCAACUUGGAUUUCACAUAAUCCGUAUCCCAACAUCCCACCACUUCUCGCCUCUCCAUUGCUUAAAGGCCUGCCCUUUCCAGCACCACCAGCCUUGACCCUCCGCACCAAACCCCAAACCACGAAUGGGGCUGAGUGGAACCGGCUCAACCAACCAUAUUCCGCCUUUUGCGAAAUCAUCCGCACCCAAGGGUCCAAUUAGAAACGCCCAUGUCACAACGAAGAUGAAAUUUGUCGAUCGACGGAGCCAACGCGGAGGGUUAAACGGGAGAAGGGUAACGAUAUUCUUGGCAACGAAGUCCUGAAACAUGAUUGCCGGGGCUUGAAGGAAGAAAAACAAGAAAAGGUUGGGGAAAGGUUUUGUUGGGGCGAGUUGCGUGUAGCUGCCGGCGGCGUGCAAUAGGCCACUUAGACCAAACGCAAUGUAAAGCUGGAGAGAUUGUCUUACGAAUGGCUUUUGGAGUCGCUGUGGAAGAUGCGCGUAGAUCCAAUUGCUGGGCUGGAGGAAGUUGAAGCGGAAAACCUGGUGCCACCACUUGCUCCAGAAGCCGAUGAGCCCGUGAUCUAGAAGCGAGGAAAAGCAAGGUCCGAAUAUUUUUGGAUAUAACCAUGGGGCUUCAAUUGGAAUGGAUGUCCAUGUGCGAGCGAAAGGGACCCAUAAUGAAAUGCUAAGAGAAAGUAGAGAAAUAGCCCAAGCCGUACAUUCUACUGCACAUAUAACGCCCAUCACUGAGAGGAGAAGUCGAUAGGCUUGGGUAGUAAUAUUUCCGAACGUGCCGAAGGAGUCAAGAGGAAAUGGGGGUGGGGAAGAAACAACGCCCCAGAAAUAGGGAUCGAGCAUCAUGAUGACUUUUAGAGCGUCUAGGCCAAGAUAACUCCAUGUCAUCUGGAAUAGUGCGGACUUGGCGGCGGAUUUGGUAUUACUCAAGUUCAUAAUUUCGGGCUUCCUAACUCCACGUGAAAGCGGAUCGAGGUGAGAAGAAACUGAUUUUGGUAACAGGGGAAUUGUAGAAAUACGCCAAUUCCAGCCAGGGCCCCGCAUAUUGACAAUAAGGUCCCAGACCCAUACCAAACGAUGAGGAAAUGUGUUUGGAUACGCUUGCCACCGCAAAAUAUACAUCUCGCUGCCUGCAUCAGGGCGAUGGUUGCACUUGAUUCCCGGUUGCAGGGCCUUCUUUGUAGUUCGUGACAAUCGGAAUUUUGUGUUUCCAAUUUCUUUAUCUUCAAGAGAUCUGUUGGAUAUGGUCGCUAAAACGUGAUUCUCAGAACAACUGGAGCAGUUUUCUCUAUUGUGUGAAAAUAUUGUCGUUCGUUCAAUGCGUUUGAAACGUCCUUGAGGAUCGUUUAAAACUAGCAAUGACGCACUCAACAUUAUAUACCAGAAGGAAGCGAUUCCGACAACACAUCCAUUCCCUCCAAGGUACAUUCGGGAUUGGAUGAUGUUCAAUAAUCCUGAACAAAUCACAGAGCCAAACGACAGGUAUUUGAUGAUUGUAAAAUGCCCAUUCCGGGGGGUUUUCACAAGGAGUGAGAGAACAAGAAUGAUCAAGGGUGCAAAGCUAUGGGGGAAGAGAACCGGCCGGAUCCGCCCAGCAGCAAUGGCUUCAUCAUACUUGUUCUGAAGUUGCCGAACCGCAACGAGGUACGAUGGCGGAAUAACAAUUUCACCCAUGUUUCAUUGUUAUGUGUAGACUAGGUAGGCUGGCGUGAAGGAAUUCGUAGUUCCUUUGGUUUCGUAUCCGACUACCGUUAGGAAGAGGGAUGUAAAAGUAGCGGUUGUUGGCAAAAGCUUCCACGAGCUGAACAGGGCUUCGCUAAAUAGCUCCAAUCAUGGUCAUGUUUCGACAGAGGCCAAUUAUUUAGGCAGUAGGGUCACCGAAAAACGAAAGAAAAAAGCCGCUCUAUUUAUUGGUUCGCUUGCCCCGACUCAGUAUUGGAGUAGUUGCACCGAAAAUUUACAGUGUCAAAACAGAUUAUCAGCUGGCCAUUGUUGACAUAUUGAUAGCUUCAACUUCUUCAUCUUAGUGAUGAGCAAAGAUUUAUAUAAUCACGCCAUAUCAUGAUAACUACCAUUUUGCCUGGAGCAGGGAAAG